AUGGCUGUCACCGAAGGCCACCAGGCCAUUUUGGUGGUUGCUCCUCGCCUCAGAUCCUAUGCAGACUUGGUCCUGGAGACUCCUCAGCCUAUCCCUGAAGUCAUGGUACCAUUCCGAUCUCACAAAAUUGUUGAUGGAGAGGUCUGUAUUAUCUUCUCUAAAGAUGAAGUGGACCGCUCGGCUAUACCUUUUCAAUACUCUCUAGUAUUGAAAUUUCUCCGACAAAGACCCUCUCUUGAUUCCAUAAGAGCAUUCAUCAAAGCCAGAUGGGGUCUAUCAAACCAACCGAUUGUUUCAUCUAUGAGUAAGCCUGUCUUCGUGCGACUGGCGUUGGAGGAAGAUUUUGUUAAGGCUUUUGCUCGUGAGAAUUGUGAAAUCAAUGGAGUACCGUAUAGAGUUUUCCAUUGGACUACUGAAUUCCAAGAAGAUCAAGAACCAAUCCGUGUGCCGGUGUGGAUCACGCUGCCAGGUCUUCCACCAAACUACUAUCAUGAGUCUUUCCUUCGUAGCAUUACGGCUCCAAUUGGAAGAUUUCUAAAGCGAGACAAUCCCACCCGAUGCGCUACUCGUACAGAUGGUGCAAGAAUCUGUUUAGAGAUGGAUAUUUCUAAAGAGCCUAUUCAAGCGUUGUGGAUUGGUACCCCCCGAAACCCCCAAAGUCUUUAUCAAAGUAUUGAGUUCGAGACAUUGCCGGCAUACUGUCCAAAGUGUCAUGUUCAAGGUCAUAACUCCAAGACUUGUAAAGGUGAAGGCAAGAAACGUAAUGUGCAGAUGACGGAACCAAAAGAGAAGGCAACGAUGGAACAGGUCUGGGUUAUCAAGGAAACCAAAGGUGGGAAUCUUGUUCAGAAGGGUGAGUCUAGCAAGGUGGAAGAGAGGCAAUUGAAUGUGGAGGACUUUAUUCCAAAUGAUCAAGUAUGGGAGAAAUCGGAUGCUGACCGUAUGAAUGGUGUUGAAGACAGAGGAAUGGAAGCAGUUCCAAUAUUAGAGCAGGAAGAGGCUGAUGGAGAACCGGGUUCCACAAUUCAGGUGCCCAUUAAUCCAGUUAUUGACUAG